UCUUGUCGCUUGCGUUGCGCAGCGCUUCUUUUUCUGCAAGCGGCGAAUUUUCGGUAAUGGCGGACGCGUCGUAGCACCAUCGGCGUCGAAAGCUCAACUUGCCGAUCGAUAUUUAGCCCUUAUUUCGAUAUUUCCGGCCGUCUUUGCUGAUUAAAUCGGCUGCAGAGCAUGUUUUUCUGCAAUGUCCAACCCAACCUCCGUGCCCGUGUGCAGUAAUCCGUUCAACAGGACUAAACACAUCCGAGUCAAGGGACUCCGCAAAGCGAGCAAGAAAAUCCUCAGAAACUAUCCGAGUCUUUCGCCAGACCAGCUCCUCUGCAACAGCUGCCGCAAGGAUCUUUCGUCCAACAAGGUCCAGUACGACGUCUAUCUAGCGCAACCUUCAACGUCCACGGUCGCCCUAGACGAAAUCUCCACUGUGUCUACAGUGGAUCGAAAGGUUAACUGGAGUAUUCAGCAGGUGGAGAAUGAGGAUGAUGCAGUUAAUUUUGUCAUCACUCCUACCCCUGAAUCUCCGAUAAAGCAAAAGAUGAAGACCGGACCGAAAACGCCUGCCCGGGACCCGAUCAGCUAUCGGCGUCUUGUGGUGCCGUCUGGAAUGCGCUCCAUAUACUGGAAGUACUUUGGCUUUCCAGGUACAGAGAAGGGUGAGAUCAUUUCCAGAGACCGUGCUGUCUGUUGCCUUUGCUGCAAGGAAAUUUCGUAUACUGGCAACACAACGAACUUGCGCGCCCACUUGAGAAACAAGCAUGCUGCCACCCUUGAGGAAUUGGAACUAGAAGAGCUAACUUUGUCUAACAAGAAGACGCCUGUAGCAAGCAGCAGUGGCUUAUUUGGACAGACAAUUAAGAGGAAAUUGGAAAUCUCCAGUGUCAUGCAUGACUUGGUCAUAGAAAAUAAUGAGGCAGUUGAGACAUCAGCAUCAAGUUCUAAAGCAAAGGUAGAGGAGUUUCGAACAAAGAAGUUGAAACUGGACCCACUGCAGGGAAUCCUGAACUUUGUUUACAAAGAGAUGCAGAACCCUAGUAUCGUGGACUCCGAAGGAUUCAGAGAAAUGAUAAUGCAGGUGAAUCCCUCUGCUGACAUUCCAACCUCAAGCCAGGUGCAGCAGUUGAUACCCGAAAGGGUGCAUGAAAUCCGCACCAAGAUUCUGUCGGAGAUUGAGAGCCUCACUUGGUACAGUGUCUGCGUGGAGGAGUGGCAGGGAGUUGAUAGCCAGCUUUUCUUCACCUUCGUCAUCAACUGGGCCGAAGAGGACCAGUUCCAUUCACGCACCCUGUCAACCUUGAAGUGGAAUGAGCUCACCCAAGAGACAGUGCACGUCAUGCUUUCAACUUGGGGUCUGAGCCAGGAGAAAACGGUGGCCAUUGUUGCAGCCUCCGCUCAGCCAGCCCUCAUUGACAUUCUAUCCGAGUGGAGCCAGGUUAUUCCGUGCUUCCUCUUUGCAAUCCAGCAAGCUAUAAGCAGCAUCUUUAACACAAGCGAGCUGCAGAUGCUACUUCUUAAAUGCCGCUCCCUCAUUUGCAAGCAUAUCACCACAGAAGACGCUCUUGGCUCCAUCAACCUGGACUACCCUAAAAUUUGGACCACCACUUACGACUUGCUGGAGGAAUUCCUCAAUAGACAGGAUGACAUUGAAGCUCUCACUUUAACAGAUGAUAUGCGUCUUAAUAGCCACGACUGGGAAUUGAUUCAGAGCAUCAACGACACUUGCAGUCCAUUCAAGGUAACCAUCCAGACCGUUCAAGAAGAUGAACCGGCCUUGGUCUCCAUUAUCAAGCCUCUGUACACUCAGCUGGUGGCCAAUUACCUGCAGAUCAAGUCUGAAGACAGCGAGUCUGUCCGAAAAUUCAAGAACCUGCUUGAAAGUGGACUGUCUGCUGCGUACAAUAGACAGGAUGACAACCACUUGCUCGAGACUGCAUCUUACCUUGACUUACGCUUCCGGACGAUCAGUUUCAUGAAUGACAUUGUCAGGAGUUCAGUUUCUCAAAAGGUGAGAAGUCAAAUGGGAGAGGAUAUGCCGACAACAAGCACUAGCGUUGAGGCCAAUUCUCCUCCAAAGCGGAUGUCGGGGAUGGCCAUGCUUUUGGGUGGCACCCCCAAACCAACAGUCAAGCCACGCAAUACAGAAGCUGCCCGUACUCGACACAGUCUUGAGAUGGAACAGUUCAAUGCGGAAGAAGCCGUUUCCUUUGAGACUAAUGCUCUGCGAUGGUGGCACGAAAAUGACGCCCGCUACGCCCAGCUUUUGAAGGUGGCCCAAAGGUACCUGUGUGUGCCAGCGUGUGUGGUGCCUGCCAAGCACAUCCCUCACACUUACAGGGAGAAGUUUGAGCGGCAGAGGGCGUCCAUUUCUCUUGACAUGGUCGACAUGAUGGUUUUUCUCAAUGGUAACCACAAGUAGUUAGAUAAUCUGGAGUUUCAUUAUUUUAAAUUAAUUGUCAUUGCUACUAUGGAGCAAAUAUUUUCUUAAUUUGUGAACUGCGUAAAUCAAGCUAAGCAACUGAAAUUUCAAAAAAUUUGUUUUGAAUAAAAAUUGGCAUUCUGCCCAAGCUAUUUAUAAUUGGUGUAACAAAAAUUAAUAAUUAAUGAUUUUGAUUGCCACACUUUUAAUAUAAUUUUGUAUUUGUACUCAAUUAAUCUCACAGUGGGCUCUAAUUAUAAUAAAUGCAUGAAGAUAGGAAGUGUUAAAAAAGGGAAGUUGAUCUCUAGCAAGAUCACUUAAUAUCAAAGCCCACACGCUUUUUUAAUUCAGCUUUGACCUUUGACACUGAUUUACGGUUGUAUUUUACUAUAAUAUGUUCUUAUGAUGCGAAUUUUUCAUCUCAUUGCCAUGUUAUGAAGGUAGGAAGAACCCCACUGUAUUGAUUUUGAACCAUGAAUAAAUAUACUUUUCAAUCUCUAAGAACUUCAUUAGUAUCUUGUUCCAGAUAUUGGAUGAUGAA